AUGGACCCUUCAUCGUCGGGAAAUGGCGAUGCCUUCGCCGACUUGGCGCCGAUGCGCCUGCGCGGCGACUCCGAAUGCACCAACGACGAUCUGCUCACCUCGCAACACGCCGGCGAUCUGCGGCGCAACGGCGGCAACGCGGAACUGGAUCUAAUCGAAGGGGAUGCGGAUUUCGCGCACAGCGAGCCGUUCCAGCGCUUCAUGCGGAUGGAGAUAAACCUCAAUGAGUAUUUACAGCAAACAGGCGGCGAUGUGAACGAGGAGUACGACAUGGCUGACCUCGACAUGCUAGAAGAUGAAGAAGAAGAAGAAAUGGACGAGGGUUUGCCGCAGGAGCCUUCAACUUCCAGCCUUGUUCCGGUGAAAAAGGAGGAGAGAAGCCACACGCGGGACGACGAUAUCCCGGCGGAAACGCGGAACCUGGUCCGAGAAGUGAUAACCGAUGAGCUGCACGCGAUGAAACCUACCCCUAGUUCCGGUGGUGUCGUGCGGAAGAAGCUGAGCGAUGCCCUGGACGCGCUGCUCGGCCAGGCGAAUCUGACGUACGCUCGAGGCCAAGCCGCUGCAGCGUUGAAUAUGUUGCUGGAGGUCAUAAAACAAGAACCGCGUCAACCGGAAGCAUACCGCCUGGUGAGCACGAUCUACCAGGAGAUGGAUCAGCCGCAGCGAUCGCUACAAUACGGUCUACUCGCCGCCCACCUCGACUACAACACUCCCGCCAGCGAGUGGUCGCAUCUUGGCGAUCUGUCGAAUCGGCUCGAAAAGUUUGAGGAGGCGGCCGCGUGCUAUGGACGAGCGACUCGCCUCGAGCCGACAAAUUGGAAGCACUACGAGAAGCGCAUCAAAAUGUUGGACUUGAUCGGGCUCCGCCCCUUCGCGAUGAAGACGCGGCUGCAAGCUGCACAGAGCAUCGACCAAUCGCUUGCUCGAGUCGACUUCGAGUGGUUCCACAAGCUGAUCAAGACGGUCGCCGAGUACUACAUUGGCAUCAACGACGAGGAAAAGGCGAUACAAGCCCUCGAAGCGUUCGUCUUGAGAAGCCGAGAAUUCGGAAGGGACGCCACCGCGCAGCAUGAGACCCUCAUCGGCAUGUGGAUGGCAAAAAACAAGUACGACGAGGCGUGCAAGUCCAUCUACGCCCUCUGCCCCGGCAUCAAGGCCUUCCUCCCAAAUGGCCAAGAAGCCAUGACGGUGACUUUCGAGAACUGCGGCUUCACAAUUACACCCUACCCCCUGCCGCCGAACGUCAAUUUUCAGAUUGACGACAGCUUCACCAACGGCAUUUUUGCUCGUUUGGUCGUCUGCCUGGUCAAGUCGGGAAAGGCUACGCUCGCCGAGGAAAUUAUACCUGUACUGCUCGAGCGUGACAACAUUGCCGAGACGACGGCCGAGGAGGAGCUGCUGCUCGACAUUGGCAAGGCGUACCUGGCGGUUUCGGCACGAGUGUCGGCCAGGGACUUCCUCGAACGCCUGCGGCGACUCCCCAACUUUGCGCACAACUCGACGCUCUGGUUUUUGCUGGGGAAUGCUUUAUCGCUGUUUGGCGACACGCAGAAUGCUAUUGACGCCUACGUGAAGGCGCUGGAGAUCGAUCCCGGACACGUCGAUGCCAGGAUCAAUUUGUCGGGCCUACAACAGCGCGCUGGGUUUUGCGAGGAGGCGCUCGCCACCCUGCAGGACCACAAUUUGGACUCGUGCACGCAUUUACCGGACGAGCGCCUGCUGAUCCGACAAGCCGACGCCUUCUACGAGCGUGGCCGAUACGAGCACUUCAUCCGCUGCGCCCGAAUGCUGCUGACGCCGUACUUCUACGAGAUCCACUCGCACCCCGAAUUGGCGAAGAAGCGGCUUUCCGGAAAGACAGCAACUUCCUUGUCGACGACGCUGUCCAGUGCGGCGCAGACUGCCCUACGAAAUACACCGUUGGAGAGGUUCGUCAAGCGUCUCGGAGCUGCCUCGCUUGCCGACGGACGGCACAACGAUUUGCUGGAUGCCACGCAGCUCCACGACUACUCGUUGCGCCUCAUCGAACGGCUCGAAUCCCUCGAGCGCUACAACGACAUGAUGGCCGUAUGCUGCUACGCGUACUUGCAGCCGAAGAUACAACGGGCUGCCGGGUCGGCCAACUUCCGGAACAUGCUCUACUACUGCGCCAUCCGGGCCAAGGACUGGACGCUGGCGUUCGAGUUUGUGCGGUGGUACCACAUGAGCACGUUGAACGAUCCCGAUGCGCUUGAAGGUAUCCAGCGUGAGGUGAUCUUCCGCCGGAUUCUGAACGGGAUGAACUACGUGUUCUGCCACUCGCAGUCCGUCUCGUAUCACAGGUACAUCGCCCGAUCACUCGCUAAGGCCCCGGGCAACCACGCGCUGCAGGCGAUCAGCGGCAACAACUCGCUGGUGACGGGCACCUAUCGACAUGCUUUAGGCGAAUACCUACGCGUGUGGGCGAACAACCAGAAGCACCCGCUCGUCUGCCUGCUCAUCGCCCUCACCUUCGUGCACAUGGGCUGCAAGAAGGACUUGAGCAGCCGGCAUUUGUUGAUCGUUAGGGGUCUCGCCUUCCUGAAGCGCUACGUCGACGUGCGCACGGUGACGCAAGAAGCCGACUAUAACCUCGGCCGCGUCUUCCACCAGCUCAACAUGAUGACGCUGGCCAUCCAUUUUUAUAAGAAGGUACUCUACGGCAUCCGACCGCGCGUCCUCGACAUCGACCCGGAAACUGGCGACGAGUCGGCUGUAUUAGCCGAUAAAUAUGAUCUCCGGCCGCUCGCCGCCCACAACCUGGCGAUGAUCUACAAGUCGUCCGGCAACGUGCUGCUGGCCCGCCGAGUUCUAGAAGAAUUUUGCACAGUU